AUGAACAGCUUCUCGGUGCUCAAUGAACAGGACAAGGACAAGACGCUGGACUACGACGCCUACUUUGUCUCGCAGGAGACGCUGAACCUGAUCGCGGUCAAGACGGGCGCUAGCAUCGCGUUCGUGGCCACCAAGACGUUCGGCACGCGGUCCCGACCCCAACGUGCCCCCGUGUUUUUCGAGCAGAAGAACGUCGUCGGCUUGAGGGUGGCGAGGUCCAAGAUCAAGAGCAUGCCGUUCCGCACGUUCAGUGGCGUGACGUCCAAGGACACGACGCUGAGUGGCCUGACCAUCGACAACCGCGCCGGCAACGGCAUUACUAAGAACACCGGCGGGGACAGUCACCAAGAUGGAGUUGCACGGCGCGAUGUUGGUGCUCUUCUUGAAGGUGCCCGUGAUGUGGCAGGCGACUGCUGCUGCAGCUGGGUCGGCCGAUCCUGUUGCUGCUGCUUGGAGACUGCAAAUCGGUACUCAUUUUGGGAAAAGCCCUCCCAACGCACCGCUCUCAGCACGAUUUUUGGAGCUGCGGACGGCAUCUGGGAGCCGCAGAGAGGGGACUCUGUGGUGCUGCAGAUGGAUGAUACCGGUGGCAAGCUGCGUCGAGCACUGAUCCGAUAUUCGUCCCGUGAGCAGAUGCAUUGA